UUGUUUUUCGUUAUGGCAAGUUUAUUUAUUGGGUGAUUUUUUUAUAGAAAUCGAUGAAAAACUAAUCGACUAAAUGAUGCACCAAACGCGUAAGUUCCUGCGGGGUGGGCGAGGGACGCCAUGACAGUCGUCGUAUUUUCUGUUAACCGCGAGCACGUAUGCCCUUGCCAGCGUUUUCGUGAAAUUGUUGCGCAGGUUGCUGUCUAUCUGGAUCAAAAUUGGCAAGCUCGUUUCCUGAAUUUCGCAGACUUCCCUUGGAAUAUAUUGUGGAGGUGGAGGGCGAGGGCGCGUGGCCAUUAUCAGGGAUUUGCUUGUGGGUACCCGUGGCGAGGUGAGACGUCGAGAGGCGGCGAAAGGCGUCCCCCCCUGCGUCGGGACGCGCGUCUCCCUGCAUACGAGACGGCCUAGGGCCGACCAAGCGAGAUGCCAGAACCGCCGACGGCACCGUACACCACGAUGAGAAAUGAAAUAUAUCAAAAACGUUUAAUUAGUAUCCUUCAGUGAAUAAAGAUGAACAGUGAGCAGCAUGCAUUGCCAGCGACUACGCAGGCACAACAAGAGGAUGUAAACGCGGGUCAAAGUGGUCGUCCUUCAUACCCAGGUGGUUUGGCUACAACAACCAGUCUUGGCAAUGUAGGGAGUACCCCGCAUUCAUCCGCGGACCUGCGUGUAGGUACAGCCGUAGCGUUAGCCUCCUCGGUAGCUAAAUAUUGGGUCCUCACCAAUCUCUUUCCUGGACCGCUACCUCAGGUCUCAGUCUAUCAUCAUUCCCACCACAACUCCUCACAUAGGAGUAGUGGAGGUGGAGAGGCAUCUUCCAAAGAGCCAGCCUCUUCAUUGAACCAAGAAAUGGCGUUGACUUCCAGUUCGCAUCAUCAGUCAACACCUACACACCAUCAUCACCAACCUUCAGUUAGCAGUAGCAGUCAUCAUAGUUCUUUACAACCAAAUUCACAGCAGAUACCAGUUUCUCUACCAGGCCUUAAUUUAGACGGGGCACAUAUACCUGCCAGCGUCAGUCAUUUACAAGCAGCACAUGCACAAAUGCAACAAAUGCAGGCAGCACAACAACAACAGCUGCAUCAGCAGCAACAGCAGCAGCCCCAACAACAACAGCAGCAACAACAACAACAAUCUCACCACCAGAUGCAAAAUCAUCAAAACGCUCAGAACAGUGGACCAACUGCACAUAAUCAAAACGCACAGAGAGAUGAUAACAAGGUGAAAGAUGAAAGUGGAAGUUGCACAACUGAACGUUGCAGUGACAAUCAAGUUCACUGUCAAGUUCAAUGUGACCUCCAAUUACAAACAUCUCAAGAUUUACAACAAAGUCUUAUGCAGCAGCAGCAGCAACAGCAGCAACAAAUUGGUGUAAACAUAAGCGGAAAUUCUUCGAGUGAAGGCGGAAGUCAAAAUAAUGCAGAAAAGCCUGAAAAAGAGAAAGAAUUGCGUCAACUAAAUAUGACGCAAUUCCAAGUGCCAGAUUUAAAACCAGGAGGUCAUAUGAUGGAUGUAAGAACAGCUGAUGGAUCAGUCGUGAAAAUUAGCGCUGGGAAUGAGCAAGAUUUAGCAAAAACACUUGGUGUUGAAAUGGUGCAAAAUAUGUACAAGGUAAAUGUUGAGGACAUUAAUCAGCUUUUAGCAUAUCAUGAAGUAUUUGGAAAACUACAAAGUGAAAUAGCAGCUGGUACAACCUUAGUUGGAAGUACAGUUCCUACUCAAACAGUUACCACUAUACAAAAUGGAACUCCAAUUGUACAACAAGUUCAAUUAAAUAAGUUUGAUAUUAAAUCAAGCGAUGGCGAAGCUACACCAGGACCAAGCGCUUCGCCUGUAUCAGUUGGGAGUCAUGCGUGUGAAAUAUGUGGAAAAAUUUUCCAAUUUCGUUAUCAGCUUAUCGUUCAUCGUAGAUAUCAUACGGAAAGGAAACCUUUUACUUGUCAGGUGUGUGGCAAGGCCUUCUUAAAUGCAAAUGAUUUGACACGGCAUGGGAAAUGUCACCUAGGUGGAUCCAUGUUUACUUGUACAGUUUGUUUUCAUGUAUUUGCAAAUGCACCCUCUUUGGAACGUCAUAUGAAGCGACACGCUACCGAUAAACCGUAUAAUUGUACGGUAUGUGGAAAAAGUUUUGCAAGAAAAGAACAUUUGGAUAAUCAUACGCGUUGUCAUACUGGGGAAACACCUUACAGGUGCCAGUACUGUUCAAAGACGUUUACUAGGAAGGAACAUAUGGUAAAUCAUGUUCGCAAACAUACGGGUGAAACACCUCAUCGAUGUGAUAUUUGUAAAAAGAGCUUUACCCGCAAAGAACAUUUUAUGAACCAUGUUAUGUGGCACACGGGAGAAACUCCUCAUCAUUGUCAAGCUUGUGGCAAGAAAUAUACACGUAAAGAACAUCUCGCAAAUCAUAUGCGUUCACAUACCAAUGAUACACCGUUUCGCUGUGAAAUAUGCGGUAAGUCGUUUACAAGAAAGGAGCACUUCACGAACCACAUAAUGUGGCACACGGGUGAGACGCCGCACCGCUGUGAUUUCUGCUCGAAGACAUUCACGCGAAAGGAGCAUCUUUUGAACCACGUUCGCCAGCACACGGGUGAGUCUCCACACCGAUGCGGCUUCUGCUCCAAAUCGUUCACCAGAAAGGAACACCUUGUUAACCACAUCCGCCAACACACAGGAGAGACGCCCUUCCGCUGUCAGUACUGUCCGAAAGCAUUUACGCGGAAGGAUCAUCUGGUGAACCAUGUCAGGCAACACACGGGUGAGUCACCGCACAAGUGCCAGUAUUGCACCAAAUCCUUCACGAGGAAGGAACAUUUGACAAAUCACGUGCGUCAACACACAGGCGAAUCGCCACACCGAUGCCACUUCUGCUCCAAGUCAUUUACUCGUAAGGAGCAUUUGACGAAUCAUGUGCGAAUCCAUACUGGUGAAUCACCUCAUAGGUGUGAAUUUUGUCAGAGAACGUUCACCAGGAAAGAACAUCUAAAUAAUCAUCUCCGUCAGCAUACCGGAGAUUCAUCGCACUGCUGCAACGUGUGCUCGAAACCAUUUACAAGAAAGGAACAUCUCGUAAAUCAUAUGCGAUGUCAUACUGGUGAACGUCCAUUUGUAUGCACAGAAUGUGGCAAAAGCUUCCCUUUAAAGGGUAAUCUACUUUUCCACAUGCGUUCGCACAAUAAAGGCAGUAACGCCGAGAGACCAUACCGUUGCGAUCUUUGUCCAAAAGACUUUAUGUGCAAAGGACAUUUAGUGUCUCAUAGACGAUCACAUUCGGACGAGCGACCACAUAGCUGUCCAGAUUGUGGGAAAACCUUCGUUGAAAAGGGCAAUAUGCUGCGACACUUGAGAAAACACGCAGCGGAAGGUCCGCCAACACAAGUCAGCACGCCCUCUGCAAUUCCUCAAUCCGGUGUUCUGCCCAUUCCGGCGGCAGCAGUUCUGGUCGGCCAUCCUUUGGCACCCCCUGCACCACCCGUAGUUCCACAACACACCGUAGUUGUGCCUACUCCUCCGGGUGUACUGACCUCCUACUAAACCAAAUGAAGAGAGCAAACAUGUGAAGGAAAAACAGAAAAGCAUUUUUUCAUAAGGAGAAGAAAAGUGAGUGUAUACAUGAUGAAUGUUGUGUUUGUUGACCAAUGAAAGUGCGCCGUUAAGUUGUUUUCCUUCUUUUUUCUUGUUCGUCUGCUCUUUUCUCGGAAGAGGAAGAAGAAAAAGACUGUUGAAACUUGAAGUUUCUACAGGCACAGAAGUGAGUUAAUUGAUAAAGUGUUGUUAUGGAAACAUCGUUGUGAAUUGUCGUGACUGCAGCGCCCUAUUGUUCACAUUUCGAACCUUUCCUUGUCGUAAUGCUCUCUGUAGCUACGUAUAGAAAAAAUGAGAAGGGUUUAUAAUAUGAACUUCAUCAGUUUUGAACAAUUAAUCGUGCUGCUAUGAUCGAUAGCAGCGUAUUAUCCAAAGUUUGAAUUACUUUGUUUCCGUCUAUUUUCUUCUUCUUUUCUUUUUCUUCUCUUCUUUUUUAUAUAAUAACUUUUAAUAGAUCGUUUAUUAAGGGGAAAAAUAUUUGAUAUGUGUUAUGGAGUU